CCCUCGGUCUGUAGGCCUUUUGUAUACGGGCCUGGCAAGGGUGACGUGGGGCUGUUCCUACCGGCACAGCUGUGGCACGGCCGGGGUGGAGGCAGGGCCUGGGCAGCGCUGCCGUACAGAUCCUCCCUCGGGCUUUUCAGUGGCAUGGGACAUGUACCCCAAGGGCCUCUGCUUGGCCUGAUGCUGCUGCGGGGCUCUCUGUCCCUAGGAACAGUGGAGAUGGCAAGCUUAGCAAGCCCCUCUCUGCCCAGUUGCCUCCUCUCUCUCCUCGUCCUCCUCCAGCUGCCUUCCAGCCAUGCAGGACAGUUCAGAGUGAUAGGACCAAGGCACCCCAUCCGGGCUCUGGUGGGAGAUGAAGUGGAACUGCCAUGCCGUGUGUCUCCUGGGAAGAAUGCCACAGGCAUGGAGGUGGGGUGGUACCGGCCCCCCUUCUCUAGGGUGGUUCAUCUCUACCGAAAUGGCAAGGACCAAGAUGGAGAGCAGGCCCCUGAAUACCGCGGUCGGACAGAACUGCUGAAAGACACUAUUGGUGAGGGAAAGGUGACCCUCAAAAUCCGGAAUGUGAGGUUCUCAGAUGAAGGAGGUUUCACCUGCUUCUUCCGAGAUCAUUCUUACCAAGAGGAGGCAGCAAUGGAAUUGAAAGUGGAAGAUCCCUUCUACUGGGUCAGCCCUGGAGUGCUGGUUCUCAUCGCCGUGCUGCCGGUGCUCCUCCUGCAGAUCGCGGUGGGCCUCCUCUUCCUCUGCCUGCAGCACAGACUGAGAGGAAAACUUCGAGCAGAGCUAGAGAAUCUCCACCGGACUUUUGAUCCGCACUUUCUGAGGGUGCCCAGCUGGAAGAUAGCCCUGUUUGUAAUCGUGCCGGUCCUUGGCCCUCUGGUUGCCUUGAUCAUCUGCUACAACUGGCUACAUCGAAGACCUGCAGGGCAAUUCCUUGAAGAGCUAAGUAAGUUCUUUUUCUUACAAGAGGAGAGUAAAAAGCCAGGGAAGGGAGACAGAUCAACAAGAGGAAGAGGGGGCCACGGAGGGAUCCAUCCCAAAGGGAAGGAGUGGCUGGAGUGUGGGGGAGGAGGCUCCCUCACCUGAGAGGCAGAAGGGAAGGGGGUGGAUGCUGGACAGUUCCCAGGUGGCAGGGAAAGAGGCUGUAGGCACUCCCGCCUGUGGCUCAAUGUGCCCCACUGUCGUGCCCUUGUGGACCCCAUCCCAGGCUGGCUGCCCUGUGCCUCACCUCCAGACCAGCCACGGAAGUGGGCACAGAGACAAGAUGACCCUGAUUCACAGUUUCAUGAUAGAGACCACUGGCACAGACUUUUCAUGUUACUUUUUCUUUCUUCUAGGAAACCCCUUCUGAGUGAUGUCACAUCUUGGCAGGGGUGGAGGAAAGCCUGGUUGGUCCAAGGAUUGGUCCUUGGGGAUGUCUCAUUCAUCAAGUUGCACAUUCACUGGCAUCUUUGCUGUGAGGACUUCCCAAUCUGCACUUCCAGGAACACUCUGAAUUCCAAAUCGAUUUGAUUUCCCUUCU